AUAUAAAUGAAUCCGGUAGCUUCCGUCCAGCAGGCGGCGCUGUUUCCGGUUGGAUCAACCACUGAAGCAGCUGCAGAAGAAGAAAACCCGGAAGUGAACAGAUGAACGGAUUUGGACCGAAGCGGCAAUGAGAAGCGAGAUGGAAGCGACCGACUUCCAGGAUGCUUUGGACGACUGGUUCAUGGAGUCCAUGAAGACGUACAAAGACCUCCAUGUGUAUCAGCUGGAGGAUCCCACUCAGGUGCUGGAGUGGACCUCAGGGAAGAGUGAGUUCAUUAAAUACAGAAAAUGUUACACUUCAAAAACCUCUCAAUGCAAAUUCAAAACCGUGUGCGUCGCAGGAUUCCAUCCCUCUAAGAAUGAAAUCCUCCAGCUGCAUUUGCCUCGGAAACUGUUGGCUGAUGAAAAUAAGGGUCUCUGUGCAGAGCGGGACUUCAAAGUAGUCCACGGUGGGUUCACGGACGGUCCGGUCCGCUGCCUCACUCACGUCCCAGGAACCAGGUGCAUCGUCACCAACGACGGGCUGACCUCCGACCUGCAGGUGUGGAGCGUGGGAGGAGACGACAGCGACGCGAUCAAGUUGACGGGGCGUGUCAAGGGGAGGAGUAACCGGAGGAGGAGGAGCUUACCAGGCGCAGUCUGCAGGGUCGCGGCUACACGCUCCUCUCAGGUUCUUCACGGCGCUGCGAGCGGCGACGUGCGUCUGACUGAGCUGACCUCGGGUCAGGUCCUCUACACGCUGGAGACGGACUCGGACGAACCUCUGAGCUCGUUGCGUUUCGUGGGCGACGCGGUCUUCCUCGCCGGCUGCUCCAACGGGAACGUCUACGUGGCCGACACCCGGACUCCCGCCCCGCCUCGGCUCCACCCCCCACCAACGUCCCCGGGUGACCCCGCCCUCUGGCAGACGGAGGCGUCCCCUGGCGGCGCCGUCGUCAGGCUGUCGGCGUGCGGGCGGGCCGUGAUGUCCGACACGAGGAGCCCCGGGGGGGCCGCCGGCCGGGCUCGGCUGGAGGUCCCGCCGGGGGGCCGUGGCCAGGAGGGGGGCGUGUCGUGGGCCCCGGCGCUGGACAGCUGCAUCGCGGUGUCGGGUUUCGGUGCAGCCGUCCGGAUCUACGACACCUCGGCCUGGCCGACUGAGCCACGGGACGUCCCGCCGCUGUUUGAGCACCGCGGGCACGCCGUUUCUUCACAGCCCGCUGCCGCCGCCGUCCUCGUCACCGCCCACGUGUGGCACCCCGAGCGGCCUCGGACGCUGCUCUCCGCCGCCUCGGACGGGUCGGUCCACCUGUGGGACUGGAUCGACGGGUCACAGUGAAGAACGGAACAUCAAAGUCCAAUGAGAAGAGAAAGAUUAAAGAGGGAUGAAAAUAAAGUUUGUAAUGAAAAUGUAACGAAAGGAGCCUGAGUUCAUUCAUGAGUCACUGUUCAAUAUUCUCUGGAGGUCAAAAAGGUCACGAAAAAGUCUAGAAAGUGUCCAAACAAUAAAUGUCCUUUCAACAGAUAAA